GUUUAAGGAACCGGUCUGUGUCUGUUCUGUUUGCAAACACAGCAUCAGCAUCAUCCACUUUUCCUAUUUUCACAUUUUUCCGCGCCACUCGAUCUAUGCCCAAGAUUUCGGCGUUUGAGCCUAUCACCGGUAACAUGGACAACCAAAACGGCAACUCAAAUAGAAACAGAUCGAGGUCUCCUAUCAGAGACAGGCCUGUGAAGCGUGAAAGGCGCCGCAGUGGCAGCCCGGAACGGGGCAGGAGACGAGGCGGCAUCCAGGAGCGCAGAGUUCACAUUUCCAACAUUCCCUACGAGUUCCGUUGGCAAGAGCUGAAGGACCUGUUCAGAGAUGAAGUUGGUGAGGUGGCUUUCGUUGAAAUCUUCGACUCUCCUAAGGGCACUGGUAUCAUCGAGUUCAACUCACCAGACUUGGCAAGAAAGGCUAUUGAGAAGAUGCACCGGUUUGAGGUACGUGGCCGCAAGCUUGUGGUCAAGGAGGAGACAGGUGACGAGCCAAGAAGGGCCAGGAGUCCUCGCAGGAACAUGAACAAUGAGGACAGAGGUGGCGGUAGCGGCGGUGGUAGUCGCUGGAACUCCAACAACGAGCAACGCAGUGGCUCUCCUGAAGGCUGGGGAUUCACUUACGGACUCAGCCCGGCCUUCCUUGAGUCGCUUGAUAUCAAGGGACCCCUGGUCAACAGGGUUUUUGUUGCUAAUCUUGACUACAAAGUUGACGACAAGAAGCUGGAAGAGGUGUUCAGCUUGGCUGGCAAAGUUAUCCGCGCCGAAAUCAACAAGGACAGGGAUGGCAAGAGCAGGGGACACGGAGUUGUGGUUUUCGAUCACCCGGUUGAGUCCGUGCAAGCAAUCUCCAUGCUGCACCAGCAAAUGCUCUUCGACCGCUCCUUAAUUGUCCGCAUGGACCGGGUCAACGACAAGCCGGAAAACAACAUGCCCAGACUGCCUGAUGGGUUGAAGGGAAUUGGCAUGGGGUUGGGCGAGAAUGGCCGAGCACUAACUGAUGUUUCAAGAAGCAUUCCAAUGCAUAUUCAAAACGCUCAAAUACAGAAUAUGAAUAUGGCCAACCCUGUCAACCAAAUGGGUGGAACAGCGAUGGGACCAGGACCAAAUAUGGGAAUGAACAUGCCAAACAUGGCAGCAAGCAUGACCGGCAUGAACUUUCCAAACGCAAGUGGCCAAAUGGCCAACCUGAAUAUGCUGCCCAACAACCUGCUUGCCAGCCUAAGCUCUGGAAACUUGGGCAGCCUGCUGACCGCGCUCGGCCAGACGGGGGCCACGCCUGACCUGGCUGUGGCGAUGGCUAGCGCUGCCGGGCUGGGGCCUAACGCCACCAUGGGCGCCGCCGGAGGCAUCGGGGCCGCAGGGGGCAUAGGCCCUGUGACGGGAAUGGGAACUGCUGGGGUCAUGGGCCCCAACGGAGGCAUGGGCCAAGCGGUGGGCAUGGGUCCGACCGGAGGUCUCUCUAGCGGCGCCGGGCUCGCUGGCCCCGCACCCACCACGAAUUUGGGAAGCACGGCACCCAGUGGAAUGCCGGGAUAUAGCACCGGCAGUGUGCCCACCAACUCCUACUCGACUGGUCCUCAAGUGUCUGGGUCAAUGAGUGCUGCGGGAACGCCAUCUGGCUUUGGAGGCGGCUCUGGAAACGGUGCAGCCAGCUUUGGAGGAAGCAAUUCCGGCGGCGGCGGCAGCAACGACCGCUAUGGAAGAACCCCGCAGAGCUCUGGAGGCGGCGGCUACAGCUCUGGAAACCAGGCUUCGUACGGAGGCAGAAACUAUGACAUCAACUCGCCCUACCAGGGCAUGGACGACAGCAUGGAGUUCCGCAACCAAGUUGACAUUGCGCUGGACGUUUUUGAUGGGGGGUACAACACUGGCCAGGGAAGACCCAAUGAUGGAGCGUCGCCUGUGAAGCCAGAGUCUGAUACAAUCGUCAUCAGGAAUCUUCCUCCGUCGGUGACCUGGCAGCACCUGAGAGACAAGUUCAGGGAGUUUGGAGAUGUCAAGUUUGCUGAAAUCCGAAACAAGGAUACGGGCUUUGUCCGCUUCAACGCCCACAGAGAAGCUGUGCGAGCCAUGAAUGCCAUGAACAGGGCGUGCAUCGAAGGUCGCACCAUUGAAGUGUCGCUGUUCUAAUAAGGUAAGCCAGACUCACGCACAUACGUUCACACUCCUCGUCUUCUCACUGAGCUCACUAAGGUACUCUGGUCUUGACGCUGCGUUUAUUUUGCCAGUUGUGUAGAGGUGAUUCAGUCCGGCUGCGAUUUGCUUUUGGUUCAAUCCCGUCAUCACGCUCGUCGAUCCAAACAGUGAUUUUUUGCUCUCGGUUCAAACUCGAGAGACACCAAUCUGGACGAGAAGAGGAUGGCGGCCUUGGAAUUCUCGGUUUCCCACGGUUGUUCGCCAGUCGGAUUGUUUCACGUGCGCCGCUGCUCAGCGUUUUGAUUCCUGCAAAGCUGUCAAGUGGUGUUUGUCAGCUCCAUAACAUUUACUUCUGGAUUUUGUGUCUGUUGGCCAGUUUGAUGCAGUUGAUUUCGCUGGAACUUCACCUUAAUCAUUAUGACAUACAAGAAGGAACAAAUUAUUGUAUAAUUUAAUAGGGAGUGUUUAACUGUGUAGAUUAUAUAAGUAGCGAUUAGUUCGUUUGAAUAAAGCGGAGUUAUUAACCUCUUGAAUCAAAAUUUUCACAAUUCGUGUCUGCGUAAAGGUAAAUUGAUUGAAAUCUCGUUUUGAUUUGCUUUUGAAAUUAUUUCGGAGAAGCCACAAGUUAAUUUUAUCUAAGACCCAAUAUUCACUGGUUUGUCAAAAUUUAUAUCCAAUUCUUAAUACAAGUAUAUACUUAAGAAGCCAAUGUUGUCACGUUUAAACCCCAUUUAAAAAUCUGGCAGAACAAAAUGUAGAAUCUGCAGAGUGCUUCCCAAACGUGUAAACGGUAUCCUUUGAGGAUUUGGACUUUUCUGAUGCUUUGUGCGAGUGUUGUGGAGUCGAACAGGUGGAAGCGGCGCUGCCAAGGUGGAAGGAAGAGGAUGUCUAUCUGGGCCCUGGGCAGCUACAAGGUUUUGCCUCUGCUGGUUCGGACGGCGGAAAUUUUGGCUCGGCUGGGCGUUGGUCCAAAAGAGUGGUAAGAAACUCUGAUAUAAGUCUUUCUCUCCCUUUUUAAGAUGACGGUUGCCAACACCUACGGUCUAGAGUUUACAAUCGAAGGCAGCGUGGAAAACUUGGAUGGUAUUGUUUCGGUCACGAGCUUGUACAGUCGGUCUGUUUAAUUGAGAUUCAGGAACUUUGGGUUUACUCUUACUCUUGCUGCCAAAAUGCGAGUCCUUCAACGAGGGUAAAAAAAGUUUGAGGAUUUAUCUUGUUGGAAUAAACCAAAUUCUUUUAGACAUGGUGAGUGGUUGUAGUUUAUACAAUAUUUUCAUUUGUGCCGCAAAAAAAUUGCCUGUCCUAUCACUGUUGCUAUUGUAAGAAAUGGCUGCAGACGGCUUACCAGAAUUGGCCUAUCUCCCUUUCAGACAACUAUGGAUUUUAGAUCUCAAAACCAGACACUUGUUCAGGGAAACGUCAGUAUGAUAUUGAACCUCAUAAUAUUUAGAUGAGUAAGAAAGUGCCUUCUUCCAAUUUUACCGCCAGUAAAUAUGGCCAGGAGCCAUUUUUAACAAAAGCAGUGAUUAUUUAACCAAUAUUCCGUGGCACAAAAGAAUUCACACUGAACUAUUAUUUUAGUUUAUUCAAUAGAACAAAACGCAAAUUCAAGUGUUUUUUUACCAGCAGUUUGUUUUGCACUGCUAUCUAAUUACUGUUAAGCUGGAUAGACCGACUGUUCUCUGUCUUGAUCUGUCAUUAAGAAGAAAACUGGAAACAACGGAAAAUCCUGUCUAAUUCAUUUUCCUGGUCUAUAUUCAAAAGCCUCUCUUAAGGUCCCGGCUAGAAAACCACAUUAAAAAUUUACAAGGCCUGUUGAAUUGCUUUUCAUCAGUUCUGACAACAGUAUGCGUUCAUGAACGUCUUGAUUAUUGAAUGAUACGCCAAAACGCGGAUGACAUCGCAUGCAGGAAAUAUCAAUCAGAUCUACCCGAACUCUUUUCUUCCUUUUCCUCCUUCUCUAGGUCGCAGAGGACUUUACAUUUAGUAUUUUCCUAUCUCUUGAAGAAUAUCUAGUGUGUUGAUCUCUAAACGCAAUGCAUUUGCAACGAAUUUUCACCACAAGGCUUAGCCUGCCAACAAAGGGAAAUUCAUUCAGUCUUAAAAAAUGCAAUAUUAAGUGAAUUUUUUCAUGUCCUGAAAGGCAGUGCAUGAACGGAAAAUAAUGUGUAGUUUUCCGGUUUUAAUUCGCACAAACUUCAAUUGAUAUAUCUUUCUAAAAAGAGGAAGGGUCAAGAGAGUUGCCUUGUUGUUUGGGAGAUGCUGUUUGGAAAAUAAAUCGAUUUUGGCUUUUUAAUUGUUGAUUGCAACAACUGAUAAAUUUUCCUUUCCACAGGUUGAGUCUACUCUUUCACGAGAGCAUACCUUGAACUAAUGAAAUGAGGCGCCAACUCCAAGAGCAAAAUUGGAGUCGGAAUGCUGUUAAAGAAAAAUUCAGGUCGGGCCUGAAAUCAGUCUAUUCCCCUGGCAUCAUCGGUUAAGCCUGGAUCGAGCUUGUCGAUGGAUGCAAAUUAUGAAGGUCCUCUAAAUGUACAACAGGAACAGGAGCAAACAUCUUGAUUUACACCAGAAGUAAUUUAACCGAGCUUUUGCUCAAUAUCGUAUUUUCCUGGCUUUUAAGGAGGAAUGAACACAACAGAUCAAACCAAACAUAUUGUAUUGUAAUAUAAUGACAAUAAAAUCUCAAGAUUUAUAAUUAGAGUAA